UUUAUUUCCACGCUGCUGCUCGGCCCUGGAUUGGCCGAGGGGCUGGUCCCAUGCCGGUGUCGGCUGCAGUGAUUGGUCGAGCUCAGCUGCAGUGAGGAUGCAGGUUUCUGGAGCUUCUCAGGAGAAAAGAAUCUGCUGCUGCAUCACUUCAUCCUCGUGAGCUCUUCACUGUGUGAGAGGCUGGAUGCACAGAACCAGCCGUGGGUCAGGUGAAGCUGCAGCUCGUGGUGCUGAGCUCGGUCUCCUGUCGUCUCCUGAUCUACAACGACCCAGGGAGGAGACGCUGAGCUGAGUCCUCUACACUCCUGCUCGUGGUCCAGCUCUUUGUGUCACGUCCCGGUAUCUGAGUAGAAGAGGACUCGAGGACUCGAGGACUCGAGGACUCGAGGACACGAGGAUGCUGCAGAGCAUGCUGAGUUCCCUGAGUCAGAGACUACGUGGCAGCGCAGAGUGUAAACCUGCCGACUCACCGCUGCCAGCAGAGGAACCAGCUCCAGAGACCUGCAGAGAGGUGGAAGCUGCUCUGCAGGGGACGACUGCACACUCGACUGACAGGGAAGACACCAGCAGUGGUGAAGUCUCUGUGAAGACGCCCACAGUAGUGAUCCUGGUGGAGACGCCUGCAGAACAGAAAAUAGUGAAAGCUGGAGACAAAGACCUGGACGGACAGUUGGACUUUGAGGAGUUUGUCCAUUACCUCAGAGACCAUGAGAAGAAACUCCGGCUCGUCUUUAAGAGUCUGGACAAGAAGAACGAUGGUCACAUCGACUCUCAGGAGAUAAUGCAGUCUCUGUGGGACCUGGGUGUGAAAAUCUCUGAGGAACAGGCGGAGAAGAUUCUCAGGAGAAUAAGGAGGGGUCAUGUCUGGGCCCCUGUCUUGUAUAUGGAUAAGAACGGAACCAUGACCAUCGACUGGAACGAGUGGAGAGAUUAUCACCUCCUGCACCCAGCAGGCAACAUCCCUGAGAUCAUCCUCUACUGGAAACACUCCACGAUCUUUGACGUAGGUGAGAGUUUAACGAUUCCCGAUGAAUUCACGGCAGAAGAGAAGAAAACGGGGAUGUGGUGGCGCCACCUAGUGGCCGGAGGAGGAGCUGGAGCGGUGUCUCGAACCUGCACCGCUCCACUGGACAGGCUGAAGGUUCUCAUGCAGGUUCACGGCUCCAAGAGCAACAGCAUGCACAUCUCUGGAGGCUUCACCCACAUGAUCCGUGAGGGCGGAGUCCGGUCGCUGUGGAGAGGCAACGGCAUCAAUGUCAUCAAAAUCGGCCCCGAGUCCGCGAUCAAGUUCAUGGCCUAUGAGCAGAUUAAACGAUUAAUCGGAAUUAACCAGGAGACGCUGGGCAUCGGCGAGCGCCUGGUGGCCGGCUCGCUGGCCGGCCUGAUCGCUCAGAGCAGCAUCUACCCCAUGGAGGUCCUGAAGACCCGCCUGGCGCUGAGGAGGACGGGUCAGUUCUCGGGCAUCUUGGAUUGUGCCAAACACAUCCUGCACAAGGAGGGGGGGGCGGCUUUCUACAAGGGCUACGUCCCCAACAUGCUGGGCAUCAUCCCCUACGCUGGUAUCGACCUGGCUGUCUACGAGACUCUGAAGAACUGGUGGCUCCAGCGUUACGCCACCGACAGCGCUGACCCGGGCGUGUUCGUGCUGCUGGCCUGUGGCACCACCUCCAGCACGUGUGGUCAGCUGGCCAGUUACCCCCUCGCCCUGGUCAGGACCCGCAUGCAGGCCCAAGCCACUCUGGAAGGAGGCCCUCAGAUGAGCAUGACCAGCCUGUUCAGACACAUCGUCAGGACCGAGGGCGCCACGGGGCUGUACCGGGGUCUGGCGCCCAACUUCAUGAAGGUCAUUCCGUCUGUGAGCAUCAGCUACGUGGUGUACGAGCAUCUGAAGCUCACUCUGGGGGUCAAGUCCAGGUGAGGAAGAGGAGGAAGACUCAAGAGGCUGCUUUUCUUUGCUCCUGGAGUACGACCACGUUUGGAUCUAAGAAGCAAGCGGCAGAGAUUCUACACGUCGAAGAAUCGAGGGUUUGAGGGACGAGCGUGAGGAGAUGGAAGCUGAUGAGAACUUUGUGAAGGACGACAGUUUGUCCUUUGCUGUUAUUUGAAACUUUCUUUGAGCUCCUGCUUUGUUUUAGCAAAACUACAGUUUACAUUGAGCUCAGCGACCUGCUGCUGCUCUGUUAGAAGUCUUAACUCUUAAAGGUCUUUGUUAACGUUCAGUUUAUCACCCCCCCCCCCCCCCCC